CACCGCCUCUCUCUCGACGCACAUGCUCUUGUCGACGCGGUUCCGGCGAUCUUCGACCGGUUCGAUUCCGUCACGAAACUCGCCCUCAAGUGCGAUCGCCGAUCAGAUAGCAUCAGCGACGACGCGCUCGGGGUCAUCUCUCGGCGGUGCCCUAAUCUCACCAGGUUAAAGCUGCGAGCGUGCAAAGAGAUCACUUUCGUAGGUAUGGCUGCUCUUGCUUCGAACUGUAGGAGUCUGAGGAAGUUUUCUUGCGGGUCUUGCACUUUCGGAGUGAAGGGGGUUGAUGCUGUGCUUAGAGGUUGUCCUCUAUUGGAGGAGAUCUCAAUCAAGAGGCUCCGAGGUUCUGCCGAUGCUGUUGGGGAUUUGGUUGGCCCUAGCGCCAUUGCGAAGAAUCUUAGAUCUGUUUGUUUGAAGGAAUUGUAUGAUGGGGAGUAUUUCGGUCGGAUGAUUGUCGAAUCGCCGAAUCUUAAAACGCUUAGGCUGUUUAGGUGCUCCGGCGAAUGGGAUCAUGUUCUUGAAGAGGUCGCCAAGAAAGCGGCAGGGAUUGUCGAGGUCCACCUGGAGAAACUCCAGGUGAGUGACCGAGGACUGCUCGCUUUGUCUCUGUGUCCUGACCUCCAGGUUCUUCAUCUCGUAAAGACUCCGGAGUGUACCGACCUAGGGUUGAUUUCGGUUGCGGGAAAAUGCAGGCUUUUGAGAAAUCUGCAUAUCGAUGGAUGGAAAACUAAUCGAAUUGGCGAUCAGGGUCUAAUGGCCGUGGCAAAACGUUGCCCUAAUCUGCAAGAACUGGUCUUGAUCGGUGUCAAUCCGACUUCGACUAGCUUAGGCCUUCUCGCUAGUAACUGUAGAAAUCUAGAAAGGUUGGCUCUCUGUGGAAGCGAGACAUUUGGGGAUGCUGAGAUUUCUUGCAUUGCUUCAAAGUGCGUUGCUCUGAAGAAGCUUUGCAUAAAAGGGUGCCCGGUUUCUGAUCAAGGGAUUAGGGCCCUUGUGGAAGGAUGCCCUAAUCUGAUAAAGGUGAAGGUUAAGAAAUGUAAGGGAGUAACGCCCGAGGGUGCACAUUGGUUGAGAGCUAGUAGAGAAACUUUGGCUGUUAAUGUAGAGUCAAUGGUGCAGAUGGAGGUACAAGACGCAAACUUAAUUGAGAGCGGGAUGAUGGAGAUCGUAGCGGGGGAUCAUGUUCUUGGACUAGCCGAGCAGAUUGCUGCCAUUGAUAUUCCUUCGACCAGCAAGGGUCGAUCUUCACCGUGGAAAAACUUCUUGGCUUCAAUUUUGAGGAGAUGGGGCCAUGGGAGCAGCGGUAGUGGAAGCAGUGGUAGUCUACCUAUCCGAUCAAAGGAAAGAAAAUAAGUCUUAGUUUUUGCUUUGAUAUGCCCUUUAAUUCUUGUUUACUUCAGCAGCAGUGUUAUUGUUAUUUCAGUUAGCCGCUUAUGCUUUCCUUUGGAAUGGGUUUGCUGGUAGUUUUACUGU